AUGUGGUGUAAUCUUCAUAACCACACGUUAAAGAGUUUUCUUUUUAGCAAACAUGCACUAAAUAAGGACGAUCCAGAGGCUGAAAAAAAAUUUAUAGAAAUUAGCAAAGCGUAUGGAAUUCUAUCGGACAAAGAAAAACGAGAGCGUUAUGACAAUUUUGGUGACACAGGUGAAGAUCAAGAUGGAUUUGGACACCACGCACACUCAUUUAACUUUGAUGACCUAUUUAGAGCCUUUGAGAGUGGUCCAAAUUCCCAGGGAAGAGGACAGUAUUUCAAACCUCACUCCUUUAGUUUUGGUAACUUUUUUGAUGAUGGUUUUGAAGAUGAAGAGGAUGAAGGAGAUGUUCUAUUCAAUUUUGCUGAUUCUUUUGAAGAACUUUUUGAAUUUCCUCAAACCAAAUAUCAAAGACAAGCAAAUGAAAAACAGCAGCAGCACAGUUUUUUUAGCAGUUCAUCACAUUUCAGUUCAGGAGGAAAAAAAUGCCAUACAGUUACACAGAAAAUUGGCAAUAUAGUUACAACACGCAGGGAAUGUUCUUGA